AUGGUAAAUGAGGAGCCCUCAGACACUGCAACCCACACACUACAGGAGCCCUCAGACACUUCAACCCAGACAUUACAGAAGCUCUCAGACAGUGCAACCCAGACAUUACAGAAGAUCUCAGACACUGCAACCCAGACAUUACAGGAGCCCUCAGACAGUGCAACCCACACACUACUGGAGCCCUCAGACACUUCAACCCAGACAUUACAGGAGCUCUCAGACAGUGCAACCCACACACUACUGGAGCCCUCAGACACUGCAACCCAGACAUUACAGGAGCUCUCAGACAGUGCAACCCACACACUACUGGAGCCCUCAGACACUUCAACCCAGACAUUACAGGAGCUCUCAGACAGUGCAACCCACACACUACUGGAGCCCUCAGACACUUCAACCCAGACAUUACAGGAGCUCUCAGACAGUGCAACCCACACACUACUGGAGCCCUCAGACACUUCAACCCAGACAUUACAGGAGCUCUCAGACAGUGCAACCCACACACUACUGGAGCCCUCAGACACUUCAACCCAGACAUUACAGGAGCUCUCAGACAGUGCAACCCACACACUACUGGAGCCCUCAGACACUUCAACCCAGACAUUACAGGAGCUCUCAGACAGUGCAACCCACACACUACUGGAGCCCUCAGACACUUCAACCCAGACAUUACAGGAGCUCUCAGACAGUGCAACCCACACACUACUGGAGCCCUCAGACACUUCAACCCAGACAUUACAGGAGCUCUCAGACAGUGCAACCCACACACUACUGGAGCCCUCAGACACUUCAACCCAGACAUUACAGGAGCUCUCAGACAGUGCAACCCACACACUACUGGAGCCCUCAGACACUUCAACCCAGACAUUACAGGAGCUCUCAGACAGUGCAACCCACACACUACUGGAGCCCUCAGACACUUCAACCCAGACAUUACAGGAGCUCUCAGACAGUGCAACCCACACACUACUGGAGCCCUCAGACACUUCAACCCAGACAUUACAGGAGCUCUCAGACAGUGCAACCCACACACUACUGGAGCCCUCAGACACUUCAACCCAGACAUUACAGGAGCUCUCAGACAGUGCAACCCACACACUACUGGAGCCCUCAGACACUUCAACCCAGACAUUACAGGAGCUCUCAGACAGUGCAACCCACACACUACUGGAGCCCUCAGACACUUCAACCCAGACAUUACAGGAGCUCUCAGACAGUGCAACCCACACACUACUGGAGCCCUCAGACACUUCAACCCAGACAUUACAGGAGCUCUCAGACAGUGCAACCCACACACUACUGGAGCCCUCAGACACUUCAACCCAGACAUUACAGGAGCUCUCAGACAGUGCAACCCACACACUACUGGAGCCCUCAGACACUUCAACCCAGACAUUACAGGAGCUCUCAGACAGUGCAACCCACACACUACUGGAGCCCUCAGACACUUCAACCCAGACAUUACAGGAGCUCUCAGACAGUGCAACCCACACACUACUGGAGCCCUCAGACACUUCAACCCAGACAUUACAGGAGCUCUCAGACAGUGCAACCCACACACUACUGGAGCCCUCAGACACUUCAACCCAGACAUUACAGGAGCUCUCAGACAGUGCAACCCACACACUACUGGAGCCCUCAGACACUUCAACCCAGACAUUACAGGAGCUCUCAGACAGUGCAACCCACACACUACUGGAGCCCUCAGACACUUCAACCCAGACAUUACAGGAGCUCUCAGACAGUGCAACCCACACACUACUGGAGCCCUCAGACACUUCAACCCAGACAUUACAGGAGCUCUCAGACAGUGCAACCCACACACUACUGGAGCCCUCAGACACUUCAACCCAGACAUUACAGGAGCUCUCAGACAGUGCAACCCACACACUACUGGAGCCCUCAGACACUUCAACCCAGACAUUACAGGAGCUCUCAGACAGUGCAACCCACACACUACUGGAGCCCUCAGACACUUCAACCCAGACAUUACAGGAGCUCUCAGACAGUGCAACCCACACACUACUGGAGCCCUCAGACACUUCAACCCAGACAUUACAGGAGCUCUCAGACAGUGCAACCCACACACUACUGGAGCCCUCAGACACUUCAACCCAGACAUUACAGGAGCUCUCAGACAGUGCAACCCACACACUACUGGAGCCCUCAGACACUUCAACCCAGACAUUACAGGAGCUCUCAGACAGUGCAACCCACACACUACUGGAGCCCUCAGACACUUCAACCCAGACAUUACAGGAGCUCUCAGACAGUGCAACCCACACACUACUGGAGCCCUCAGACACUUCAACCCAGACAUUACAGGAGCUCUCAGACAGUGCAACCCACACACUACUGGAGCCCUCAGACACUUCAACCCAGACAUUACAGGAGCUCUCAGACAGUGCAAUCCACACACUACUGGAGUCCUCAGACACUUCAAACCAGACAAUACAGGAGCUCUCAGACAGUGCAACCCACACAAUACAGGAGCUCUCAGACACUUCAACCCAGACAAUACAGGAGCUCUCAGACAGUGCAACCCACACACUAAUGGAGCUCAGCUAA